AUGAAUACUAUUAUUCUAUUCUUCGCUUAUCUAAAUUUAAAAGCUCCUCAGCAAGGAAGGCCCAAAACUAAUAGGUUUUGGGUAGACGUUUUCCCAUAUCUAAUGAAAAAUGAAGACUAUAACUCAUUUCAAAAACAUUUUCCUCCACCCAAAACCAGCGGACUGAUAAAUAACAUUAUUAAGCAAACCAAACAAAUAGAUGGUAAUGAAAUAAGUCGAAUUGACGCAUGGUUAUAA